AAAAAAAAUAAAACUUUAGGUUUUCAGUUACACUCCUUUUCGAUCUCCAUUGUCUGAUGUAGUGUUUCAUUUUCGAAAUCUUCCCCACCGCCCGCCGCCACAUCUCCCCGUCUCAGCUCGCCGCCGAACUGUAUCUUCCUCACCAACUAACUUAUUUUUCUUCAGGAUAUUUAUGUAUCGGAGUAGGAGUUCGGAAACUGCAAUGUGUGUCAUAUAGAGCUGAUUUGCCAUCCUCAGAGAGAGAGGUAGAAACCGUACAAGCUAAUAAUGAGCUUGCUUUUAAGAAUAAGGCAUUGUUUACCCAAUAGUUUGUUGUAUAGACAACCUCUUACUGCUAGCACUCUAGGGCUUAAUGCUAGAACAUUAAAUGUAUUUACAAGAAACCUAGGUCAAGCUGCAAGGGAAGAGGAGGAGGAAGAUGUAGAAGAAGUUGAAAUUGAUCAACGAAGUCUCCCAACUGAUUUUGAUCCUGCAACAUUUGAUCCUACUGAUCAUCGUGGGCCUCCAUCGGAAAGAGUUUUCAAGCUUGUAGAUGAAGUGGCAUCUCUAACUCUAGCUGAAGGUGCAGAAUUGGGUCUCACUCUGAUGAAAAAAAUGGGGAUAAAGGAGAUGCCCAAUGUGGGAUUUAUGAAACCAGGAUCUGUAAAUUUGGCUGGAAUGGCAGCAAAAGCAUCAAUAGAAGCCAAGGAGGAGCAAAAGCCAGAAAAAACUGUAUUUGAAUUGAAACUGACGUCCUAUGAAGCAGCUUCCAAAAUUAAAGUCAUCAAGGAAGUUCGAGGUUUUACUGAUUUAGGUUUGAAGGAGGCAAAGGAUUUAGUGGAAAAAACACCUUCUAUUAUUAAGAAAGGUGUUUCAAAGGAAGAAGGAGAUCAGAUAAUAGAGAAAUUGAAAGCUCUAGGUGCAGUUGUCGUUAUGGAAUGAAGUGAUGUAUUGUGUUACUUAGAGAAAUUUUUCAUCUAGUAUCAAAGAGUUUAGAAGUUAGCUGAAAUUUAAGAAAAUUUCAUUAUUAUUAGCCAAAGAUACCGCAAAUUUUGCUAGUGUUGUGUUUCAAGGUGUGCUCAUUUUCCCAAUGGAAUAAAAGUAGUAUCCAUGCUUCUGAUAUUGUUUAGAAGUUGCUAUGAAACAUUAUCCUUUAUUUUUCCCAAUGGAAUAAAAGUAGUAUUCAUGCUUCUGAUAU